CUGAAGUUCAGCGAUGCUCGGAGGAGACCGAUGGUGGAAGAAUGACUACUGAGUGUAAUGGUGUGUACUCCUUGUCAGAAUGUAUAUGUUCACAUGAGUUUUCCAGAUUGAUAUCGAGCCGAAAUUUGUUGACAAACGAAGACAUUAUUUCGAAUAUACCCAACAGCACGUGUCAUCCCUCCAUAUAUAGAGGCUCUGGACAAGUGCACACCCAGUACAGCAAGUCGACACUGAGGGUAACAAUGCUGCCCGAGUUUCUGCUUGUCGCCUUGCUGGCCAGCGUGGAAGGCUUGAGCAAAGAUCAUUGCUUGGGAUAUGAUGUCCUCUGCUCCACUGCGGAUUAUGAGUUCCGCCAUUACAAUGAAUCGGUCUGGGUCGGACUGCACGUCAGCCUGGUCUUCAUUCACAGAUCUUACGUCGGACUGCUGUACGACUAUUUCAAACAGCGAAACUCAGAAGGGAUGGAGAUCCAAGUGACUGGACAACGUCUUGUUUCAUUCGCCGGACAUGGAGCACCGGCAGUCUACUUCAUGCUUCCGGAAGAGCUCUGGGACAAUCCUCCGACAGCAACCGACCCACGAGUAUUCGUCACUCGUUUACCAAUGAUGGAUGUGUUCGCCAGGAAAAUCCGUCUGCUUCGCGUUUCCGACGUAGGUGACUUCAACCGCACGCUCACUGAGCAGAAUGUCCCUGUCAACAAUUCCAACUUCUUCUUGUAUUCCUGCAUGAGGUAUUCAAGGAUGUUCCAAGAUUUGUCGGAAGGGACUCCGGGCACGGUGUUCCACGCACCCACUAUUAUGUUCAGGAGUUAUGGCUCGUUACCACUGGCGGAUUUCACUGCCCUGCCCCGUGAGGCCAACGAGGGCGCUUUAGAUCCUCCGCUUGCUUCCUGUUAAACGCAGCUUUCUACAUGCUCUCCACUGUUAAUUCAGUCCCAACACCGCCACUCAAUAAUCUCAGCCCUGGCCUGUUCACCCGUGGGGUAAUGCCAGACAUCGAAUACCCGCGACCAACCCAUGUGGGAUCAUCACCUACUCUCACAGGGGCCACAGAGUGGCUGUAUUCGGAGCCCAGUUAUGGGACGUUGGCACCUGUGGUCCUUCGGCUGACACAGGACUAUCUGACCUUUGUAAUGCGAUGUGGCCCAGAAAUGAUAUUACCUUGUCGGCCUGGUUCGAUUUGUCACGAUUACCAGACAGAUUGGACGUUUCCUAGGAUCUCUUUCAUUCCCGGCGUAACAGUACGAUAGAGAACACGUCCAAAACGGCGAGGAAUCCCAGACUGAAGUUUGAGGUUUGAGUCGAUGUCUGUGUCUCUUAUGCGAGUGCACGGCGGAAAGUCAAGAGACACGGGCCACUUCUGUCGGACCGCACGGGUUUUCGGCACCAGAGCUGUGUAAAUACUGGGCAGAACAGCCGGCGGAUGUUUGAUAUGAUCCACCUCCUGUGUUGAUGUAACUGUAAACACUCUUGUGUACUUUGAUGGUAUCAGGAGUUCUGAUAUUUAUUUUUCCACGGCAUGUGGCGGCUCCUUCUUGGAGCUCACUACUGUCCACACUGCCUUUCUGACAUCUGUCCCGCGGUGGUAUCACCAUUUCCCAAAUUAACUGCAUGAAUCAAUA